AUGUCUGCCCGUGGGAAACGCCGUUCUACUCCAAACCCCCUGGAGAAGAAGAUACCUGAGAAUCCUAAAUACAAACAUGUUCGAGCUACAGUGGAUACAGGAGCCAGCCUCUCAAAAUACAUGGAAAAAAUGGAGGAGCUUAAGAGAAACUAUAAUUUCCGACCAGAUGAAAUUUUUAAGAGGAUGAAGAUUUCUACAUUUGUGCAGCUGGUUAUUCAGGUGGCAGACUUUGACACAAGCAUGAGUGAGGUCACAGACAACCCAUCACCAAGAUCUGACCGACCAGACACAGCGGAUCGGGAGGUUGCCAAGAUACAGAUGAGUGAUGGAAGUAGCAGAGAGACUGCAGAAAAUUCACCCAGAGAUUCGGCUGCUCCAGACAGCGGCAGGUCACGAUUAGAACAAGUAAUAAAUGGCGUGGGAGAAGUGGAUCUGAAUGCCCCAUCCUGGAGAGCGAAGCCCCUGUCCAUGAUGGGCUCUUCCUGUCCCUAUCUUCUGCUGGACGUCAGGGACAAGGAUUCAUAUGAUGAAUGUCACAUCAUUACAGCAAAGAGUUACCCCACGGCCAUGUUGGCAAGAUCUGUUAACUAUGAGACAAAGGACAUGUUGAACUAUGAAUCCUUUUUAAUAUUUUUUCAAUACGAGUUCUUAAAUUUGUUGUCAUAUUUUCAUAUACAUUUAAGCAUAAAAAACCAGCCAGGAAAGAUCAUUCUAGUCUAUGAUGAAGAUGAGAGAAUCAGCCACAGAGCUUGUACGACUCUGGUACAGAGAGGAUAUGACAAUCUCUUCAUGUUGUCUGGAGGUUUGAAAGUAGCGUACAAGCAGUUCCCAGAGGGCCUUAUCACAGGGAAAAUCCCUGCAUCCAUUCUGCAAGAGUUACAGCAAACCCAGAAGAGGACAAAAAGCAAAGAACCACCACCUGUCAUCUUGGAAAAUGUGGAUUACUUUACCCCAGAGUUGAUAGAUAAAUUGGUUGUACAGCUGGAUAAUAUUUCUUCGGAUAAAAGUAUAGGAAGCAGACUUUCAGGUACCAGCAAACCCAGCAGAUCCUCCAGUAUAUCCUCAGCCUCCACUGUAAGCACCAUGGGCAGGAAACCAUUCAAGUGCUAG